AUGGUAAAGGCGUUCCACUGCAUAAACCCCCUCGACAAAGAGCAAGAAGAGUUCCACGCUCAACACUGGGCCGAGUGGGUACUCGCCGAUGAAAUCGCGGUGCAGAAGUCUGCAGAUGAGGUUCUACAGCGAGAAGGCAUGAUGGAAUUGCCUCUGCCACCUUCCUUCCGUGAACUCACCACCAGUCCCGCAGCAGCAGAAAGCUCGCCAAACCUACCAGAAGAAGUGACCAACACGCAAAACCAGCAGAAGGAGAUUUCUACAGCCGAUGCCAACAAAGCUGCACUUGAAGGAAUACUCCAGCUUUUGCGCCAGGCUAGAGCGGACAACGAUCAGAUGAAGACGGCGGGGUUGGUACAGGAAGCUUUUGCCAGGCUGGGGGCGCUGGGAAGGGACCAUGUGUUGCCCCCGGAGGAUCAUCAGGAGAUUGUUGAGGCUGCUGAGGAGUUUAUGGGGAAGGGGGUGAGUGGAGAUGGGCAGGGCCGUGUUUACUAUGUGAGGGUUGGACAGGCUGCUCAGCAGCGUUAG